CAAAGAGAGGUACCACUGGCAGAGCCAUAAUGUGAAACAAAGUGGAGUAGAUGACAUGGUCCUUCUAUCAAAGAUCUCAGAAGAUGCAAUUGUGGACAACCUAAAAAAGAGAUACUUAGAUGAUUACAUUUUUACAUAUAUAGGUUCUGUCUUAAUCUCUGUUAAUCCGUUCAAACAGAUGCCCUAUUUCACAGACAGAGAAAUUGAACUUUACCAAGGGGCUGCGCAGUACGAGAACCCCCCACAUAUCUAUGCCCUAACGGACAACAUGUAUCGUAACAUGCUCAUUGAUGGGGAGAAUCAAUGUGUCAUAAUCAGUGGUGAAAGUGGAGCAGGGAAAACUGUAGCAGCAAAAUAUAUUAUGGGAUAUAUUUCCAAAGUGUCUGGAGGUGGCAGCAAAGUGCAGCAUGUCAAAGACAUAAUUCUCCAAUCUAAUCCACUGCUUGAAGCAUUUGGCAACGCUAAGACCGUCAGGAACAACAAUUCCAGCAGAUUUGGUAAAUAUUUUGAGAUCCAGUUCAGCCGCGGAGGAGAGCCAGAUGGAGGCAAAAUUUCAAACUUUCUCCUGGAGAAAUCCCGUGUGGUUAAUCAAAAUGAGAGUGAACGCAAUUUUCAUGUUUUCUAUCAGCUCAUAGAAGGAGCAUCGCAGGAACAAAGGCAGAACUUGGGUAUCAUGUCAGUUGAUUACUAUUUCUACCUAAAUCAAUCGGACACUUAUAAAGUGGAUGGAACAGAUGAUAAGAGUGAUUUCUCCGAGAUGCUGAAUGCCAUGCAGGUCAUUGGUAUCAAUGGGGAAGCACAACAGAUGGUCCUACAGAUUACUGCUGGUAUACUGCACUUGGGGAACAUUAGUUUCCUGGAGCAAGGAAACUACGCCAAGGUGGAAAGCCCUGACCACUUGGCCUUUCCUGCCUACCUGCUGGGCAUAAACCAGGACCGCCUCAAUGACAAGAUCACAAGUCGUAAGAUGGACAGCAAGUGGGGGGGACGUUCUGAAUCCAUUACUGUCACACUAAAUGUGGAGCAGGCCACUUACACACGAGAUGCUCUCUCCAAAGCCCUCUAUGCAAGGGUCUUUGAUUACCUUGUCGAGGCAAUUAACAGAGCAAUGCAAAAACCACAUGAAGAGUACAGCAUUGGGGUUCUAGAUAUAUAUGGAUUUGAAAUUUUCCAGAAAAAUGGAUUUGAACAAUUUUGCAUCAAUUUUGUUAACGAGAAACUUCAGCAGAUAUUCAUCGAACUAACAUUAAAGGCUGAGCAGGAAGAGUAUGUGUCUGAAGGUAUAAAGUGGACUUCCAUUGAGUAUUUCAAUAACAAGGUGGUGUGUGACCUGAUUGAGAACAAACUGAAUCCACCAGGUAUCAUGAGUGUGCUGGAUGACGUAUGUGCCACCAUGCAUGCCACAGGUGGGGGAGCUGAUCAGACCCUAUUACAGAAGCUUCAGGCCGCUGUGGGAACCCACGAACAUUUCAACAACUGGAACUCUGGUUUUGUUAUACACCACUAUGCUGGGAAGGUCUCUUACGAUGUGGAAGGCUUCUGUGAAAGGAAUCGAGAUGUUCUGUUUAAUGACCUUAUAGAACUGAUGCAGAGCAGUGAAUAUCAGUUCAUUCAAAGCCUUUUCCCGGAAAAACUGGAUUCCGACAAGAAAAGUCGUCCAACCACAGUAAGCUCCAAAAUUAAGAAACAAGCCAAUGACCUUGUCAACACUCUCAUGAAAUGUACUCCUCACUACAUCCGAUGCAUAAAACCCAAUGAGACUAAGAGGCCGAAAGACUGGGAGGAAAGCAGAGUCAAACAUCAAGUGGAAUAUCUGGGCCUGAAGGAAAAUAUCCGUGUGCGCAGAGCUGGCUUUGCUUAUCGUAGAGUGUUCAAUAAAUUCAUGCAAAGAUAUGCUAUCCUCACUCAAGAAACAUGGCCACGGUGGAGGGGAGAUGAGCGUCAGGGGGUACAGCACCUCUUGAGGUCAGUGAAUAUGGAUGCAGAUCAGUAUCAGAUGGGAAGAACAAAAGUGUUUGUCAAGAAUCCAGAAUCGCUUUUCUUACUGGAGGAAAUGAGAGAAAGGAAGUUUGACACCUUUGCUAGAACCAUUCAGAAGGCAUGGAGACGAUACAUCGCUAAGAGAAAAUAUGAGCAGAUGAGAGAAGAAGCUUCCAAUAUUCUGUAUGGGUACAAAGAACGGAGAAGAAAUAGCAUUAAUCGCAACUUUGUGGGAGACUACUUGGGUAUGGAGGAUAAGCCGGAACUCCGUCAGUUCAUGACAAAACGUGAAAGAAUAGACUUUGCUGAUUCCGUUAAUAAAUAUGACCGAAGGUUCAAGGUCAUAAAGAGGGAUCUUGUACUCAGUCCCAAAUACAUUUAUUUAAUUGGGCGUGAGAAAAUGAAGAAAGGACCGGAGAAGGGUCAGAUCAAAGAAGUAUUAAAAAAGAAGGUCGAGAUUCAGUCUGUGCAAAGUAUUUCACUCAGCACCCACCAGGACGACUUCUUUAUCUUGCACGAGUCAGAGCACGAUACUCUUCUGGAGUCAAUAUUUAAAACAGAACUUCUUAGUCUAAUAUGCAAACGCUACGAAGAAAUUACGAAGAGUACACUGUCUCUGCACUUUGCUGACACACUACAGCUCCGGGUGAAGAAAGAAGGCUGGGGAGGUGGCGGAACUCGGGCAUUACAAAUUACAAGAGGGCAGGGUGAUAUUGCCCAGCUAAAACUAGGAGGGAAGACAUUGCUCAUCAGCAUUGGUGACGGACUACCUAAAAAUUCAAAACCUACCAGAAAAGAGGUUCAACAAAAACACAUGCACAGACCUCCCCCAAAUCGACCAGCUCCUGCACCUCCAUCAGACGCCUACAGAAAUGGAGCACCUAAUUACUCCACAACCAAAUCCAGGAAUCCCACUUACACCCAGGCUAAAAAGCAAGGCAGAGCUCCACCUUCUGCUGCUAUCCCUAGGAAUCCUGCGCCCAGGAGGAACCGGGCACCUUCAGACCACAACAUGGAAUUCCUCAACGUACCAGACCAAGGAGUAGCUGGCAUACAAAGGAGGAAGAGUGUGGGACAGAGGCCACCACCUGGUGUAGGACGUCCAAAACCCCAGCCAAAGCCAGUGGGACCUCGCUGCAGAGCAAUCUACCAGUACAUUGGACAAGACGUGGAUGAGCUUAGUUUCAAUGUUAACGAAGUCAUUGAUAUUUUACUGGAAGAUCCAACAGGAUGGUGGAAAGGGAGACUUAAUGGAAAGGAAGGGUUAUUCCCAGGCAAUUAUGUGCAAAGGAUUUGAUUUAAAAAGUCUACAGCACCAGAAGCCCAUCUAGAAUAUGAAAUAUUUUCCUCAUUUGAGAAAAUGUGUUAA